AUGCCCAUGUCCCUCUGGCUCAUCCCCCACUCGGGCAACCCCUUCACAAAAGCCUUCCAAGAACUCAUCUCCGACACCAUCCCCCGGAACUUCUCCCAAAAAUCCCACAUCGUCAGUCCACACGUCGAACUCACCUCUGACAUCGACCUCGAGAAAGCCGCAAGUGGCAAGUCGCCGCAAGAAUGGCUCGAUGGUCUUCAACUCCCGGACUUCAAAGCCGAGUUCAACGAGGUCGUUGUCACGCUGGAUGAAGUGGAAGCGGAUGAUGCGGUUGAAAGGAAGAUGAGUAUCUCGGUCAAGGAGGAUGGGAAUUUGCAGGGUUUGGCUGCGGUGUGUAGACGGGAUGGGACUUCAGCUAGCGAGGAAGAGGCGCAGGCGUGGGCGAAGAAGGAAUUUAAGCCGUACUUUGGGCUGUUGCAUGCUGAUGUACCGACGGACGAGGUGAAGAAGAAGAUCCCGCUUGUUGAGAUGAAGAUUGGUUUCGCCAUUGGCGAUAUUUUUGCUUGCUGUGGUGGGACGUUGUGUAUGGGCGGGUACCUGGUGCUGGUUGACAUGAGCAAACCUGUUGAUGAGUGGGAGACUGUGGCGAAAAGGGAAACGCCCUGGGUGAUGUGGCGGGCGACUCAUAAUCUGAUCUAA